CAUUUUUUUCUACCCGAAGACGCGCCCUGUUUCCUUUUCAAUGGUCCACCCUGUAUAGAAUCUUUUGACAUUUUGUGGUUUAAAACCAAUCCAUAAAGAACAUUUUUUUUCCAAACCCAAGGUUUCCACGGAAUCCCUAAACGCACAAGCCGCCUAAUUUUACUACCAAAUUAAUCAAACGUGAAUGGAAAUGAGCGGAUAGUAAAGCGGACGUGCUUGCGGAGGAGUGAGCUGAGCACCGAGACCGAGUACCGAGCACCGGCCGGGGGUACUCUACUGCCUACUACUCCACACCGAAAACCCAUGUCUGGUCAUCGCAGUCACAGUGGCAUCAGUCAUGGUUUCGUGCGCGCCGUAGAAACUCGAAAUACCCACGCACAUUUUCGAUUUCGCAUUUCCCAAGCGCGAUCGCCCCGUCGCCGAUGGCGAUUGUUGUUCCGCGGCGAUGGUGAUGAUGAUGAUGGUGAUGCUGCCGCCGAUGAAAAUGCGGCCGGACCGCGGUGAAAUUAAAAGUGUCGUUGUUGUUGCGUCGACGUUCAUCAUUUCGAGUCAUGUAAUUUGUGACUGAAUAAAAUAAUGCUCGUCGCCACACCGUAUACGAUUAAUAGGGAUUUUGAAAAUUUCGAUGGUACUGCGUCGAGUGAUCGGAGACCGCCUCCUCGAGUGAUAUCCGAAGUACGGAAGAGUUAUUGCGGCGGUUACUAUUUUUCGUCGUCUCCCAAUUUUAAAGUUAAAAUCACAGGAGACCUUCUAUUGAAAAUCGGAAACGAUUGGCGGCCUAGGAAGGCCUCGAUCAGAUGCGGACAACUGUUUGUAUCAUCCACGUGUGAUUCAACGCAGAGGAUCCCGCUGAGGCACUUGAGUCUCCGCAUGGGCCCCCUUCCCAACAGCAUUUCGCUUUGCAAAGGACAAAAGGAGGUCCUAACUUUUCAGACUUCUGACGCCCUAACCUUCGGAGAAUGGGUGAGAACCAUCGCCAUCGAGCUCAUCCGCCAGACGCCCCUCGACUCGAUCAAAUACUUGGACAUCCUCACCAUAGCCGAUUGCUGGACGAGGAUCCGAUCCACCUACUACGAAAAAGACUGGAAUUCUAAUAUCACCAAAAUCGACCACCAACACUCCCUCACCACCUGCAAGAGCUGCGAAUUGAACCACAACCGCUCAAGUACCACUCAAAGCAAAAAGGUAGUCUCGGAAGCCGAGGAGCAGUACGUGGAGGACCUGCUGAAGAAGUGCCAGGACGCGAAUCGCUAUGUGCCCGUCAAAGAGAAGCUGUUCCUGUUCGAGUCGCUGUGCAAGCUGCGCAGGAAAGUGCGCAGCAGCGAGGACGUGAGCUGCAGGCGCGACAAGCAGGAGGCGAAGAGGACCAGCAGGUCGCUGCACGACCUCAGCGAUUUGAAUUGCUCGCUGGGCGCCGUCAAGGAGAUAUGCAGAUAUUUCGAGAACAAGAAAUCGGACGAGAUGGGCGUAGAUGGGAAUUCUAAUAAGCUCGGCUGUUUUUACAGGGAUCGGAAGGUUUAUGCUAUAUGAAGAAGUCGGGAAAUGUGUUUUAGAUUGGUUAUGUGUGCAGGAAGGAAACAUUACAAAGUUUUCUGUAUAAAACGAAUUGAAUGUGGUCUUUCUAUCGUUCUAUAUUUUCUUGCUUCAAAAUUAAGAACAAAGUUACCAGUCUAAGGGCAAGAUGUAACUCGAUAAGAUAACCGAAUGGUUACGAAAACGGGUAGUUACCUAACCUAAAUCCUGCCAAUUCAUUGGUUUAACUUUGACUUGAACUAUGCGAGUUAUACAGUUAGUAAGCACUAAAGAUUCAUUAACACAUUAUGUAAAUAACCUAACAAGUAAUAAUUGUUUGUUUCAUCAUGAUGAAAAAGAGAGUCUGUUUAAUGUUCUUAUCAGAGUUUCGUGAGAUUCAAAUUUUUGUACAGUAUAUUAUUUAUGUUAUUACACCUUGCAAUGUCUAUUUAAUUUGGGUGUUAAACAAAAAUCAUUCUUUACAAGUGGAAUUUUUGUAAUGCAUUUUGUUUAAUGUACUCGACGUGGUGUAAAUUUGUUGUAUAUUAUUUUUAUUUCGAUAUUUUAAUCGAAGCUGAAAUGUUACUAAAACAAAAUGUUUUGUAAUUUUAUUUAUUUCACUAGUUGGAAUUACCAGGCAAGUGUUUAUAAAUAAGUGAAAACAUUCCCUAAUAACACCGUAGAUUCUCGUAGUAUAGUUACUUACAUAUAAUCUUAUUUUUUGCCAAGCCAACUAGUG